CUGGUGAACUGGUGUCAAACAGGACGUGGUGUGUGUGUGUGUUUGUAAGCUGUGCUGAUGGAGCAGUGUGCGUGUGUGGAGCGAGAACUGGAGAAGGUGCUGCACCGGUUCGUCACAUAUGGACAUCAGUCAGAGGAACGGCUGGACGAACUCCUAAAUAACGUCUGUGAGCUGAGGAGUCGACUGCUCGCUUAUGGUGUUCAGGAUGCAGAUCUCUCAGUGCUACAUCAAACCAUGGCCCAGUGCUGUAAGGAGAUCAAGGAAACCGUGCAGAUGCUUGCCUCCAGACACAAGGACAUCCACGGCAGCGUGUCCAAAGUGGGCAAAGCCAUCGACAGAAAUUUUGAUGCGGAGGUGAGUGCAGUAGUUGCUGAGAAUGUGUGGGACUCUCCAGAGAGGCAGAAAUACCUCAGUGAAACCAUCGUUGAACACCUGUAUCGACAGGGCAUGCUGAGUGUUGCAGAAGACCUCUGCCAGGAGUCUGGUGUAGUAAUCGACAUGAGCAUGAAACAACCCUUUCUGGAGCUCAACCGCAUUUUAGAGGCUUUAAGAACACAAGAUCUCAGACCGGCUUUAGAAUGGGCAGUGACAAACCGUCAGCGGCUGCUGGAUCUGAACAGCACCCUUGAGUUUAAGCUGCACAGACUGUAUUUCAUCAGCCUGCUCAAUGGGGGCAUCGGCAAACAGCAGGAGGCGCUACAGUACGCUCGACAUUUCCAACCCUUCGCCUCACAGCAUCAGAGAGAUAUUCAGAUCUUAAUGGGCAGUCUUGUGUACCUCCGCCAUGGGAUCGAGAACUCUCCGUACCGCAGUCUUCUGGAGACGGACCAGUGGGCUGAGAUCUGUAACAUCUUCACACGCGACGCUUGUGCUCUGCUUGGCCUCUCUGUAGAGUCUCCACUCAGUGUCAGUUUUGCGUCGGGCUGUAUGGCACUUCCUGUACUCAUGAACAUCAAGCAGGUCAUUGAACAGAGACAGUGCAGCGGGGUUUGGACACAUAAGGAUGAGCUGCCAAUUGAAAUAGACCUGGGAAAGAAGUGCUGGUAUCACUCAGUGUUCGCCUGUCCUAUCCUGAGGCAGCAAACAUCAGAGAGCAAUCCUCCCAUGAAGCUCAUCUGUGGACACGUCAUAUCCAGAGACGCUCUGAACAAACUCACCAAUGCUGGAAAGCUUAAAUGCCCGUAUUGUCCAAUGGAGCAGAAUCCCUCAGAUGCCAAACAGAUCUACUUCUGAUGUCUCUCUCCUCUCUCUUCUGGAUGAAACGUUGAAGGCAGUUCCGAUGAUUCUCCUUCAAAGGCAAUGAUGAGCCUCCAGUGGUGGAUUCAACCCCUGAAAACGCCGCCACCUUCCUCUCCAAAGCUUUCGUUUCCAGAGGCGGGUGGCCACGGCAGCGUUCCUGUAGAUGCAAAGU